CCAGGAUCAAUCCCUUCACCUGAGAAAGAGCAAGGAGAAGGAGGGGUCCGGACAACAGAAAUAGAGGAGAAGACCCAGAGAUCAGAGCUCAGUCUGCUCACAGACGAAGAGGACAGGAGCGGACGAAGAACCUGCACGCUGAUGAUCUCCUAGGAGUCAUCAGGACAUUUCUCUGGCUGCUGCGAGUCCCAUUCAACAGGCAGGAUGGCUCGGGACAUGUCAGAUAAAGAAAUCCUGAAGAUGGAGCUGGAACAGCUGAAGCUGGAAGUGAACACUCCCCGAACUGCGGUAUCAACAACAGCCCCAGAGAUCAUUGCGUUUGUUGAGGGGAAGUCUGCCGAAGACCCCCUGAUCAAGGGCGUCCCAGAAGACAAGAACCCAUUCAAGGAGAAGGGGGGCUGCAUUAUUACGUAGCAACGGCCCUGUGCUCUGUUUAAUAACUAUUUUUGUAUAAAACAUCAAUAUUUGUACUAGAAACUCUGAUUUUUUUUUUCGUUUUAAAGGGGUCAUAUGAUGUUGCUAAAAAGAACAUUAUUUUGU